AUGAUAGGUAAGCCGCUGUGGUUUGAUCAAUCGACAAGGCUGGGCAGAAGAAUGGGGUUCCCCAAAGUCUGUGUUGAAAUGUCAAUAGACUCGUCAUUUCCAACUUCUCUGAAACUGGUUCCCGGUCUUAAGCCGGCAUUUGAAGUCAGUCUGGAAUAUUGCAAUAGACCAGUUGGCUUUCAGAAGUGUCGAGUGUUUGGUCAUCAGUGUGAAACUGUUCAAGAGGCAAGGGUUGAGGAUUGCACUCCAGUCAUUGAGGGUGGGAGAAAUGAAGCUGGAAGCGCUGAUCAGGUGAAUUUGGAUUCGAUACUGGCUUCCAAGGGCAAAGCUCAGGAGUCUGCUGAGGCUGCCUGUCAUAACCUAAACCUGGCCGUUGCAAAUCUGGUCAAAUCGAUUGAGCAGGGAGUAUUAUCUGAAUGGCAUAGGGUGGGCUCUGUUGAACUGCCAUCAGAAGGUGAGUUGCAGAUAGCCAUGACAGAGAAAGUCACUUCACCAGCAAGGGAGGCAUCCAUUUCUCCUGUGGCUAACAGGUAUCAGAAUUUGGCAGUAGACACAUUUGAGGUAGGUAAUAUCCUGGUAAGUAGUCCAGUUACUCAAAAUCUGGAAGAUUUUCCUGUAUUAGAAGGUGGUGGAAAAGGGAAGGGUAAACAGGGUAAGAAGGGGCCAGAUAGGCCUGCGAAACCUAAACCUAAGAAAUGA